UCCCUUGGGGGAGCGGGGAGGCUGCAGAGGCAGAGCGCAGCCGCUCAGUCUGGAUCAGCGCAACGCCACCACUGCCUCGACGCAGGGGCGACGUUUCAUCGACACUUCACCGCUUCACAUGAGCCGCUCCGCUUGAGCAGGAUCAGCAGCGCCUCACCUCGCGCGCACACCCGCAGCCGACAGCCGCCCGAGCGAGACAUGUCCGCGUGACGACUCCGUGUUCGCAGGGAGACGAGCCAUGAGGAGAUGACCGGCUUGUAGCGCUCACAGCGGAGGAGCUGACGGUAAAUGAGAGGCCGUCACCAUGCCCCCGGGGAAGUAUGGGAUGCAGGAGGAGUGGGAGAAGGAGGGGAACCAGGGGAUCGUGAUGGACUUCCUGCUGCCAACUGGGAUCUUCCUCAAAUUCCCUGUGUCUCGAAAUGACACCAUCAAAAGCAUCAAAAAAAUGGUUUGGAGAAACGCCAGAAGCGAGGCCCUGUUCAGCGGCCUGGGCGAUCCCGACGCAUAUGUCUUCACCUGCAUCAACCAGACAGCGGAGAGGGAGGAACUGGAGGAGGAGUCCAGGCGCAUCAGCGACGUGCGGCCCUUCAUGUGCGUUCUGAGGCUUGUGGCGAGGGAGGGCGACCGAGUGGAGAAACUCACCAACACCCAGAUCAGCCUGUUAAUUGGCAAAGGUCUGCAUGAGUUUGAGGCCCAGAAGAACCACGAGGUGAAUGAGUUUCGGACCAAGAUGCGAACGUUUUGCGAAGAGAAGGCUCAAGAGCGGCAGAUAAUGCCGUGGCAGCAGUGGUUGCAAUACAGCUUCCCAUGUGACCUGGAGCCAUGCUGCUCUCCGCCGGAGCGUGGGAGCGUGAAGUCAAAAAACACCAAGAAGAUUUUCAUCAACGUGAAGUUUGAGGCUUGUGAUGAAAGCUUCAUGCUGCAGCAGGACCCUCAGGACCUCCCAGUGACUCUGAUGAGGAGCGCCCUGAAGAAGAAGGCCACCGUCUUUCGCUCGGUGCGACAGGAGCCCGAGGACUACACCCUGCAGGUCAACGGGAGGUGGGAGUUCAUCUAUGGGAAACACCCCUUGUGCCAGUUCAAAUACAUUUUCUCGUGUUUGAGAAAUGGCCAAAACCCCCAUCUGACCAUGGUGCGCGACGCCACCAUCCGCAAAUACCAGGAGGAGCAGGGCAGAAUGUACAGCCAGGUGUACAAGAGUCGCUCCUUGUCCAGGCCUCCUCCCCUGCCCCUGAAGAAGCAGAAUACCUCCUCUCUGUGGUCCAUCAAUGAGCCCUUCUACAUUCACCUGCUGCAGGGCAGCCGAGUCAACGCAGACGAGGGAAUGAAGCUGGUGGUGCAGGCCGGCCUCUUCCAUGGCAGCGAGCUGCUCUGUAAGGUGGUGACAAGCUCGGAGGUGGCAGUGUGCUCCGAGCCGCUGUGGGAUCAAAAGCUGGAGUUUGACAUAAACGUGGCCGACCUGCCUCGCAUGAGCCGCCUGUGCUUCGCUCUAUAUGCCGUCAUUGAGAAAGCCAAGAAGCCCCGAGGCACCAAAAAGAAGAAUAAGAAAGCGGAUUGUCCGAUAGCCUGGGUGAACACCAUGGUGUUCGACUACAAGGACCAGCUGAAGACUGGGGAGUUCCUCUUGUCCACUUGGCCAUCUGUUCCUGAUGACAAAGGCGACCUGUUGAACCCGAUGGGAACAGUCGAGAAGAACCCCAAUGUGGACAGCGCUGCUGGGCUUCUCAUUCGCUUCCACAACAUCCGGCCACAUCCUCUCUAUUACCCUCCACUUGACAAGAUAAGUGGCGUGGAGAAGAAUGGCGACGCAGCUAUAACCACGAAAGAAGAAUACAUGAAACUAAAAGAAAUCAUGGACAACAAAAACUACACCGAGUUUUUCGAGGACGAAAAGGAGCUCUUGUGGAAGCAUCGGGCAGAAGUGCGCGAGCGUUAUCCUGAAAGUCUGUCCAAGCUGCUCCUCAUCACCAAGUGGAGUAAACGUGAGGACGUGGUUCAGAUGGUGAGUUUACUGAGGAACUGGCCCGACCUCCCUGCCAUCCACGCCUUGGAGCUCUUAGAUUACAGUUUUCCCGACCCGGCAGUGCGUUCUUUCACCAUCAGAUGCCUCAGGAAGCUCAGUGAUGAUGAACUGCUACAAUACUUAAUCCAGCUGGUCCAGGUCUUGAAGUACGAGUCCUAUCUAGACUGUGACCUCACCACUUUCCUGCUGGAGAGGGCUUUGUCCAACAGGAGGAUAGGACACUUUCUGUUUUGGCACCUAAGGUCAGAGAUUCACGUGGCGUCUGUGAGUUUGCGUUUUGGCCUGAUUCUGGAGGCCUACUGCAGGGGAAACAUCUGCCACAUCAAGCUCUUAACCAAACAGAACGACGCUCUGGGCAAGAUGAAGGCACUGAGCGACUUUGUCAAGUCCGGCUCCCAGAAGAUGACAGUGGACGACCUGAAGCUGUGUAUCAGACAGGAGGCCUACCUGGAGGCCCUGUCAGACCUUCUGUCACCACUCAACCCCAGCAUCAUUCUCGCUGAGAUCUGUGCAGAUAAGUGCAGGUUUAUGGACUCCAAGAUGAAGCCGCUCUGGCUGAUGUAUAAGAACCCCGGGGCUCCAGGAGACAUGGUGGGCAUCAUCUUCAAAAACGGAGACGAUCUUCGACAAGACAUGUUGACCCUCCAGAUGAUCCAGCUCAUGGAGAACUUAUGGAAGAAAGAAGGCCUGGAUCUCAGGAUGAUCCCAUAUGGCUGCUUGUCCACUGGGAACAAGAUGGGGCUCAUCGAGGUGGUAAAGAACUCAGACACCAUCGCCAAUAUCCAGCGCAACAGCAGUAACAGUGCCGCCACUGCUGCUUUCAACAAGGACGCCCUGCUCAACUGGCUCAAAUCUAAGAAUCCUGAGGACAAACUUGAUCAAGCAAUAGAAGAGUUCACGCUGUCCUGUGCUGGCUACUGUGUAGCUACUUACGUCUUGGGCAUCGGAGAUCGUCACAAUGACAAUAUCAUGAUCAGGGAAACUGGACAGCUCUUCCACAUUGACUUUGGGCAUUUCCUGGGCAACUUCAAGCGGAAACUCGGGAUCAACAGGGAGCGUGUGCCUUUUAUCUUGACUUACGACUUUGUGCACGUGAUCCAGCAAGGAAAGACGAACAAUAGUGAGAAGUUUGAGAGGUUCAGGGAGUACUGUGAGCGGGCCUAUAAGAUCCUGUGUAGGAACGGGACGCUGUUCGUCAACCUCUUUGCCAUGAUGAAGGCAGCAGGACUGCCAGAGCUCACUUCCUUCAAAGACAUCCAGUAUCUAAAGGACUCUUUAGCUUUGGGCAAAUCAGAGGACGAGGCACUGAAGAAUUUCAAAGUGAAGUUCAAUGAAGCUCUGCGAGAGAGCUGGAAGACGAAGGUCAACUGGAUGAUGCACUCCUUGGCCAAAGAUAAUAGGCCGUGAAGAACACUGCCCCAAGCGAACCUGGAGACCGACCAAAAAUGAUGAAUUUGAACUCAUGGAGAUAAAAGGAAGGAAAACACAAUCAAAUCUUUUACUUUAUUAAUGCCAUUCAAAGACACUCAGCAAAUGUUUACAUGGGACUGGCCUGUCAGUGGUACAUAACGACUACAUGGAGGCAUCCAAAGACAGUCAUAUGAUCAUGGAGCAUCAUUUGAACACACAGAUAUUUUCACAAUGAAGGAAAUCCGUCGCACUCAUCUUUCUCCCAUCAAACAGUGGAAUGCCUUUGCCUUGAGGACAUCUCAACAACAAUCCUGAACGACGCUUUUUUGGUGUGUUCAAAUCGCUGCUUGUAAACGACCUGCUCGCACAAAAGUGUCAUGAAUCACGGAAACACAAGCAGAGACCAAGAGUUCCUGCGCUCACUCAGCAGGGAGCGAACUGCAACUAAACUUUAUGAUGACCUUAGACGACACCGAGUAAAAUAACAGGGCGGCAGUUUCACCUCAAGUCUCCUGUAAGGUUUACAACCCAGGGUGGCUGUCUCAUUUCCUCUCCUUACAACGGCCUCUUUGCACUUGUGUCCUUUCCUUUCAUUUUGUUGUAUUUUAUUUAAUUUGGUAACUUGGAAGUACUUGUACAAAGCCAUGCAGGAUAUUUUAAAAACGUGUUUGACUGCUGUAUCACUUAUUGAUGUGUAAUAUUGCCUUGAAGUACAGUAUGUUGCCUUUGCAGUGCCAGUAGACAGGAAGCAUUGUACCAUUUACAAAUUACUGUAAGAGAAAAUAACUUUAAAUGGGACCUUUAUUUUGAUAACAUUCCUGUGUACCAGGCUACAUUACCCAGCAGACUCUUACCAAACAGCUCUAUGCAUUAAAGGAAUAAUUUGGCAUUUUGGUAAAUAUGCUUAUUUGCUUUCUUGCUGAAUGCCAACCAGCACCUCUAAUUAACAGGUUAUGUCUUGUUUGUUAAAUCUGUAGAAAAAACUGUGUGUAAGUACAGUUUGCAGUUUUUUUUAUGCGAUGUGCUGAGCAGACACAAAACCCCCUUAAAACCACAACUUUUUAGAGAUGCUGGCACAGACGGAGGCAGAUUGUUUUUACCUUUAGACAGAGUCAGGCUAGCAUUUCUCUCUGUUUCCAGUCUAAGCUAAGCUAACUUUCUGCUGGCCCCAGCUUCAUAUUUAAAAGAGAGAUGCACUUUAAGAGUGGUAUCGCUUUUCUUGUCUAACUCACAGCAAGAAAGGGAAUAUGUGCAUUUCCCAAAAUGUCAAACUAUUCCUUUAAUAACUACUGUUAGCAAAUGAAAAAGAAAUUAUCUCAGCCAUGAGUCAAAGCUAUCAUAUAAAUGUCUGGUCAAAGGAUCAGACGAAUAAUGACUAUAUGAGGCAUUAAGAACCAAAUGAGUAAAUAAGCGGUGGACUCAUAUAAGCCAUAGACUUGACGUUGUGUUCCUCAAAAUGUGAUGCUGUACACACGGUCCUUUUGAAAGUGUAAAUCUGGACCAUGUGUGCUAUCUCAGAUGAUGCAGUCUCUGUGUGUGUAUGUGUGUGUGUGUCUUUGUUAUUUUCUAAUAUUUAAGUUAUACACUGUGUAAUUCCCAUUACAUUUUAGAACUGAUGUGCCAGUUGCCAUGAAAGAAAUUUCAUGCUCGUAGUGUCAGACACCUCUAUACUUUGACAUAUCUAACGGCGUGCAAAAUGGCGUUUGUCAGCUCAAGUGAGCCUGUGUGCUGUAGGAUUUCAUUUUAUGCUAUUGUCAGAUUAUUUUGCAUACUGCACAUCUUUCUGUCACUCCUGCAAGGAAGAUGAUUCGCUUUUCAUAGCCUUUUUAUUUUGCAUAGCGGUUAAAAUGACCUGUACCAUUUGUAUGAGUCUCUGUGCGAUGAUGACUUUUACACAAGAGCAAGUGUGGCUGUAGAUGACACAGCAAGAAGAUUUAAAAGCUACCGAAAUAUUCCCUGGGGAAUAGACUUUAAAUAUGAGGCAUCAGUGUCCCUCAGUGUAGGCUCAGCUAAACACUGCUGCUUUAAGCUGCUUCAAGCCAGGAGGAGUGAGUCUACUGAGUUGACGGGCUAUUUUUGCAAGUUGUAAAUUGUACUGUUGUUUUCUUGUGAACUGAUUGUAAUUCAUGCAUUCUGUCAAAUGGUACAAAUCUUUUGAGUUUCAGGCCUCAGUUUCAUGUGUGCAGCUAAGACAGAUAAAUCCCCCUGACCUGUCCUGUAUCUGCAUCCUGUUUUUACUUUUGUUUCACUUGCUGUUUGGAGGGAAGCGUGCACUCAGUUAAGAGUUUGCAACAGCAGAGUGCACUGAAGCUAAGCCAAGCCAUAUGCUACCUUUAUUAUCUACCUAUUUCCUGCAUCUUAAAAAAAGAAAUUAUU